CUUGGCGAAGCCCUGCCCAGGUCAACUCUAAAAAUUUAAGAGUUACCGCACUCCUGAAUAAUGGACUCCUAGAGACGUUGAUGCUCGGAUCAUAGCGGUCUUGAUACACGUUGCUUGCCAGGCGGCUUGUAGAGCCAGCGCCAGGCGCUGGAACGACCUUUGCUUCGCUGCAGUGGCCGCUCAGCAGCGGCUGUGGUGGCCAUGGUAGACGGUGGUUCGCGUGCUGCCUCUGGCCAGCUGGAUGACUGGGCCGCAGGCGUCGCGGCUGACCUAGACCAGGGAGAGGGCGACCGCGCAGGGGCGAGGCGACGACCUGCGCGCGACGCCAGCCCGGCGCCGGAUGCUCGCAAAGUGACAACGUUCACAAACAAAAAGCGCCCGGCAUCGGACAGGGACAGCAGCCCGGAGGAGGACGACGAGGAGCAGGCUCAGAAAGGCUCCCUCAAAGCGGAUGGAACUCGCCCCAAGCUUCCACGCCCCGACAAGAAGGAGGCAUGCCCUCGCUGCAACAGCAUGGACACCAAAUUCUGCUACUACAACAAUUACAACAUCAAGCAGCCCCGCUUUUACUGCAAGACGUGUCAGCGGUACUGGACUGCCGGCGGCACGUUGAGGAACAUCGCUCCGGGCUCCGGUCGGCGCAAGAGCAAGAGCAAAGCCGCGCGUGAGAAGAACAGCCCCUCGCUCGCCGAGCAGCUCACGGCGGUUGCGGCGGGACAGGGCAUGUUCGGGCUCGGAGGCGGGGGCGGGUACAACGGCAUCAGCCCGGCGCUGGCGCUCGCCGCGGCCACCGAUCCCACAGGGCUGCUGGCCGCGAAUAGCGCCGCGGCGUACGGUCUGGGUGGCCACGGAACCAUCUCCGGCCUGAAGCUGGGCGGUGUGGGUGGGCUGCCGGCGCAGUUCAACAGUGAGUUGGCGCUGCGGGAGCACCUUGCAGGGCAGCACAGCCUGGAGACACGGCUGCUGCUGAACGGGCACCUCAGCGCCGAGGACCUGCCGAACGGCAUGUCGGCGGCGGCGCUGGCACAGGCCAGUGCACAGCUGCACGCUCUGCACGGGCAGGGCAGUGGCAUUGCGCAGUCGCUGGCGGCCGGCAACGGGCACACGGGGUCGCCCUCGCCCUCACCUCCUCCGGCCGGGAACGGCGGGCAGCAGCACCCGCUGUCUUCCUCCCCGCAGCACGGCGGCGGCUCGCAGGCCUCGCAGCAGCCGUCUCCUCCUCAGCAGGGCUCGGACGACGCCGAGGGCGGUGGCGAGGAGCGCUAUGUGGCGCAGGGCCGCCGCGUGCGCGUGAAGGCGGAGUUGGACGGCAACGCCGUCAGCAGCAGCCUCGCAAUGGGCGGCGGCGGUGGCUCGGGUGCGUACGCCAACGGCGCUAGCAUUGCCUCCUCCAUUGCCAACGCCCAGCUCGCGGCCAGCCUCAGCAUGCCGCCCAGCAUGGGCGCGCUGGCGGCUGUGAUGGGCCCUGGCGGCGGCCCCAGCGGCCUCCACCCACUGCUUGCGCAGGACAAUGGUGGCAGCCUGCUUGACGCCGGCCUGACGCGGCAGCAACUGCUAGUGCUGCAACAGCACCAGGCCAUGCAGCAGGCGCAGCAGCAGGAGAGCCUCCAGCAGCUCAGCAGCUUGCAGCAGCUGCAGGGCCUUGCCGCGCUGCACGGCCAGCACUCGGCGGCGGGCCUGGCGGGGCUGGACCCGCUGCAGCGCAGCGCGCUGCUGCACUCGGCGGCCGGGCUAGGCGGCGUGGGCGUGGGUGGCUGGCUGCAGGGCGGCGGCGGAGGGAACUCGCUCGCAGCCGCUGCUGCGCUGGAGUCGCUUCAGGCGCAGCACCUUCUCCAGGCGCAGCAGGUGCACCCCUCGGCGGCCGCUGCCCUCAUCGGUGGCGGUGGCAGCAGCGCCGCAGCGCAGAUGUUGCAGGCGCAGGCCGCCGCCGCCGCCGCGGGUGGGGGCGGAGGCUGGCAGGGCGUGGCCUCAGCAGCGAAUUGGCCGUCGGCCUGGUCGUCGUACAGCGGCCCGUCGUCUGGCAGCUACGCCGGCUACGCACUGCAGGCGGCGGCCGCUUACUCGGGUGCUAGGUGAAGAGCAUGAUGCGCCGUAGUCUACGGCAGCGGAGCUUUUGCCAAGGAGCUGAUGGAGCGACGGCCCGCCCUGUCCAAGCGGCAGGAUGCUCGCACGGCCACAGGAGAAGGGAGCCUGUGGCCCUACAGCGCGAGCAUGGUCGCGAGGUGCAGCAGUGCAGCAUGGCUGUGUGAUUGAACAACGACUAUUUCAAAAAUUACAACGGGGGGGGUGCGGUGAGACCUUCAGCCAUCACGCUGGUGUGGCUCCUGUAUCAUCAAGAGCGAUAUCUGGAGUGAACGAGUGGGUCGUUCUGUGCAUUGCGCGUGAAUUUCCAUGUGACGUGUGAGUCUUCCUACCGGUCUCCUUCCUGUCAUCUUCCGUGUCCGCGUUUGGUGCAGCUCCGUGCUGGCCUAGCGCCCAUCUAGCCAUGUGCUGUGUUGUGUGGUUUAAGUGUCCCUGCAGUGCGCCCAUGCCAAUUUUGGAGUGCGAGGCAUCAUGCGCAGCAGUCGCGCGGUUUGACGAAUCGUUCGGAAGAAAUUUCACUUGAGUGGCUCAUGCGUGAGUAAGUGACAGCAGCUAUAUCACAUCGGAGAGCUGCAUGGCGUCAAGCCUGGUGCUGCAGACCUUACUGAGCGCCCGGGCAUAUGCUUGUCAUCUGUAUCGUGCACCAACUGCGGUCAGUCCCUCCAAGACUCCUGACUUACCAUAUCUAACAUGACGUAAUAUUGAGCGGGCUGAGGUGUGAGCGUUUGGAAAAGCGUGUCUGUAACGAGCGUGUGUGAGCGGGGACGGGUAAAAGGCGCGUCUCGUCUGUGACGGACAAGAAUGCAUCAGGAUGGCUAACCCUGAGAUGCACGAUGCAAAGGUGUCUUCGGACGCGAUAGCGUGUCACGCUCGUUCAAGGGGCGCGGCCUUGAAUGGGUGAAGCGGCACGCCACAAGGGCAGGGAGCUGCCGGUCGGUGCCAUGUAUCGUAUGUGCAACGUCUGUAACGUUUUUGAACGUC